CUUCCGGGAUGUAAUGUUCAUCGGUUCAUGUGUUUGUGUGUGCCUUUCUAGUCGAGUAACAAAGCCCACAACAUAACCGGCCUAUGAAGGCUUCAUCAGCUCAGUGAAAUCAAACAGUGACAUUGACAGUCCAUAAAAUCGCAUACAUUUAUGGACGAGGCUUCAUUCCCAGUCGUUGGUGUUGUGAUUGCUGUCGUGUCCAGUUUUAUCAAUGGAUCCACGUUUGUGCUGCAGAAAAAGGGGAUACUGCGAGCCCGCAAAUCAGGUGGGACUUACCUGGCUGACUGUGUGUGGUGGUGUGGUACACUUGCAAUGAUUGUAGGACAAAUAGGAAACUUUCUGGCAUACAAUGUCGCCCCUGCAGUUGUGGUCACUCCCCUCGGAGCCCUUGGUGUCUUAUUUGGGGCUGUUCUGGCAUCAUGGCUUCUUCAGGAACAUCUCAAUGUCAUAGGAAAACUUGGCUGCGCUUUGUGCUGUUGUGGUUCAGUCGUGCUCAUCAUUCACUCACCCAAAUCUGAAAAUGUCACAUCAAGAGCAGAACUAGAGGAGAGAUUAAUGGACCCAGUGUUCCUGGUCUACAUCUCACUGGUGGUCCUAUCACUGAUCCUUCUGAUUGUCUGGCUUUCUCCAGCUCAUGGAAAAUCCAACAUUAUGGUGUAUGUGUGCAUCUGCUCUCUCCUUGGGACUUUCACUGUGCCCAGCAGCAAAGCUCUGGGACUGACUGCUCAGGAGGCCUUCGGUGAAACACCUGCAAAUGAUAGCAGAGCGCUUUACCUCUUUCUGGGGUUGCUGGGAAUUCUCGUAGUCAGUAUUCUGAUCCAGUUCACCUACAUCAACAAAGCCUUGGAGAGCUUCAGCUCUAAUAUGUUUGAGGCCAUUUACUAUGUGACGUUCACCUCCUGUGUCAUCCUGGCCUCUGCUGUUCUCUUCAGGGAAUGGACAGCACUCGGCGUGGUGGACUGUUUGGGUAUCCUGUGUGGUUUCGUCACGGUGUCUGUGGGUGUUGCCUUAUUACGCAUUUCUCAAGAAGCUAAACUUUCUUGGAGCCAAACCAAAGUUAAAGAAAAUUAAGUCAGAAGUGUGAUUUUUAUUGUUUAAUAACUACAGAGUCAGUUGCUAAUAGUAAUUAACUAUUGCCGACAUUUGUAACCGACCAUUGUAACAUUUUAUAUAAUUGGAUUUUAAUGUUGUUAUAAAGCAGUAUUAACUCAUUAAUUACAACACAUUAUUGUUUCACUUCUAAUGAUAUAAUAAAUUGAAGAAUAUUUUAAUAUAUAAGGGACUAUUUUUUAGUGCAAAUGGAAUAAAGUGCUUAAUUACUUA